CUGAUGUCACAAGAAGGAAGGUUAUAAAGGUAAGAGGUGAUUUGAUUUCACAAACAAGUUCCUCGCUCCUUCAUUUAAAGUCUCAGAAUCAGGAUUUGGCACAUGAAGAUGAAGUUCCUUUUAUUGAUCGUUGUCAUGAUACCAUGGGCUCAGAGCCAUGGAACACAUACCAGAUGUAAACAACCUUCACAUGAACAUUUAAAACAGAGACUUAUCCGAUUGGCUCCAGAUGCUCUCCUCUAUCUUAACAAACAGGACAUUACUCCAGACCUUGAGUUAAAGAAUUGCCCCAAGAAUGUUAAUCAGACAUCAGAUCUGAUCCAAGACAGGAGCAUCUCUCCAUGGUCCUAUAGGAUCAACGAAGACUUAAACCGAUACCCGCAUAAAAUACUGGAGGCCUAUUGUCUUUGCAAAGGAUGCAUUUCCUCAUUCAACAAACCGGCAACCUCUAUGGUCAGCGAACCAUUUAAUAAAGAAAUCCCUGUUCUCAUCAAAACCUCAAAAUGCAAGAAAGAAAAAGCAAUCUACAAGCUCCGAUACAUAAAAAUUGCCCAGUUUUGCAUCUGUCGAUUCCACUGAAGGAAAUAUUGGAAAAAGAAAUGUCUCGAUCUUGGAUUUCUUCCUAGCAAUAUUCAAAGUUGAUGGCUUUGGGUUUAUGGUCUGACCUAUCUCGCAACUUCCUCUUGUAGCGUAAUCCUUUAGUCACUAAGUCAUUAAGGAUGUGAUCUUGUAAAUAUAUCCUUCACAAAAAAAAAAUAGCUUUUUUGAUGACAGGGCCAAAAAUGUAUGUUCUGCGUUAUGGCAUAAGUGACUGGAGGCCAUUGUGUUAUUGUCUUAAGUGUUUCGACAUUCCUAGUCAAAUACUGGAGAGGGUGGUGCAACCAUCAAGUGGGAACAUUAUUUCCUGCUAGCAAAGUCAAUAAAACUUUGUAACAAUCACUGCUCGGACUUCAUGUCCAGUUACUGCUUGCAGCAUGUGGUGAGUGAGUGCUACUUUCGUGAAAAUGAGGGCGCCAUUUUGAUUACCUGAAGAUACUGUUUCCUGUGGUGCCAUUUUUUUUUUUUUGGUUUGUUUUUUUUGGUAACAAACACUGUUGAAUAAAUAAGGGGAAAAAUUGCAGUAAGUCCAGUAUCUCCAUGAUGCUUAGCACUUCUUUUGUUUACUGGGGCAAGAAAAUACGGGAAUCUUCAGGUGAAAGACAUUUAUACUCUUGUAGAUAUUAAGCAUGUCUAUUCUUUUGUAAAUAAAGCGUUGUGAUAAGAAUUGAUAAACAGCCAGUUUUUUUGUUUCUACUGGCAGGCCAGUAAAGAAAAUUAACAAUUUUUUUUUUUUUUUUUUUAAAUCAUAGAGGGCCAAUCAUCAAACAGAAGCAGUAGCACAGCUCUUUUUGUUUGUAGAGAUGGUUAAACCUUACCUUUAGACCUACCUGAUCUAUUGUACAUAGUUGAGCUAUAGACCUCAUAUUUAGUAUUGUGUAACAUAGCAUUAUACGUUUUUGUAAUACAUAUAUAUAUACAAAGAAAUUAUUAAAAAUGUGCUACAAUUUUGAUAUACUUCCUGAUAACCUUUACGUGUUGCACUGUGUGGUGUUUCAGUAUCUCUAUGAUAAACAAUAAAACAUAUUACUUAUUUCUGAGACUCACAAAUGUAUAUUUGCUACAUAAACCGUGGACUAUUUUUCUACUUUCUCUAAAAAAUAUGAACUAAAUCUAUAUUCUCAGAUAUAUAAAUAUAUGACUGAUGUUUUGCAAAUAGCACUUGGUUUAAUUUUUUAUGGGUGUGACAUUUAAAUAAUUAGAGCACUAAACAUUGUGACUUUAACAAGGUGUUGAUCGUAUUCUAAGAUACAGUAAUUACAGAGCUUUUGUUUUUUGAUACAAAGGGUGGUGUUUCAUAGAAGCUUUGGAUGUGUUUUUAGAUACUGCAUUUUUUUUUUUUUUGACAGAUCAACCUAUUAAAAGGACAU